AUGACUUCAUUUGACGCAUAUACCGACCGCGCCGCGAAAGCUCUAGCAGACAGCUUCGAUCUAGCUAAGGGCUAUGCGCACUCACAACUCACACCCCUCCACCUCGCCGUAUCGCUUAUAGAUCCGCCCAAAGAUCUAGCGAACCAGGUUGAUGUCCCACCGCCGCCGCUAUUCAAGCAAGUCCUCGAACGCGCGAAUGGCGACCCCCAACUCUUCGAGCGCAACCUGAAGAAGGCUAUGGUACGGUUACCAAGCCAAGACCCUCCACCAGAGCGUACCUCACCUUCACCUGCUAUGGCCAAGGUGCUUCGCGCUGCAGAAGACUUGAGCAAAACACAGAAAGAUAGCUUCAUUGCCGUCGACCACCUCAUCCAGUCGCUUUGCCAGGAUGCUCAAUUACAACGAAUCCUUGCCGAGUCGAACGUUCCGAACGUAAAGCAAAUCGACAAUGCUAUCCAAGCACUUCGAGGCACAAAGCGGGUAGACUCCAAGACGGCUGAUGCCGAAGAGGAGAACGAGAACUUGAAGAAGUUUACCAUCGAUAUGACAGCAAUGGCACGGGAGGGCAAGAUCGACCCUGUCAUUGGUCGAGAAGACGAAACACGCAGAGUCAUCCGCAUCUUGACUCGACGAACCAAAAACAACCCAGUCCUCAUCGGAGAGCCUGGUGUUGGUAAGACUACAGUUGUCGAGGGUCUUGCCCGCCGCAUUGUCGAUGCGGAUGUACCUGCCAACCUCGCAGCCUGCAAACUACUGUCUCUCGAUGUCGGUGCAUUAGUCGCUGGCAGCAAGUACCGUGGAGAGUUUGAAGACCGCAUGAAGGGUGUUCUGAAGGAGAUUGAGGAGUCAAAGGAGAUGAUAGUAUUGUUCGUUGACGAAAUCCAUCUUCUCAUGGGCGCUGGCUCUUCCGGAGAGGGAGGCAUGGACGCUGCCAACUUGCUGAAGCCCAUGCUGGCUCGUGGACAGCUUCACUGCAUCGGUGCGACCACCCUGGGCGAGUAUCGAAAGUACAUUGAGAAGGACGCUGCGUUCGAGCGUCGUUUCCAACAGGUUCUCGUCAAAGAACCAUCGAUCCCCGAGACUAUUUCCAUUCUUCGUGGUCUCAAGGAGCGCUACGAAACUCAUCACGGUGUCACCAUCAUGGACGGUGCUAUUGUUGCAUCCGCUACUCUUGCUGCUCGCUACCUCACUCAACGCCGACUGCCUGAUUCUGCCGUCGACCUGAUCGAUGAGGCUGCGGCAGCCGUCCGUGUCACAAGAGAAUCGCAACCCGAAGCGCUUGAUAAUCUCGAGCGACGCCACCGACAACUACAAAUCGAGAUUCACGCGCUUUCCCGAGAGAAGGAUGAGGCAUCUCAGGUCCGUCUGAAGGAGGCGCGAGCGGAAGCCGCCAAUAUUGAAGAAGAGCUUAAGCCGCUCCGUGAGAUGUACGAACGUGAGAAGGGUCGUAGCAAGGACAUUCAAGAGCAAAAGCUCAAGCUCGAAGGUCUCAAGACGAAGCUUGCUGAAGCCGAGCGUAUGCGCGACAUUCAGACUGCUUCAGACCUCAAGUACUACGCCAUUCCUGAUGUCGAGCAACGCAUCAGCGAGCUGGAGCGGGACAAGGCCCGCGCCGAUGCUGAGAUGUGGGCCCACCAGGCAAGUGGAGGUGGUGAGGCUCUCAUGAGCGACUCUGUCGGUCCAGAUCAGAUCAACGAGAUCGUCGCUCGCUGGACUGGUAUCCCUGUCACACGGCUGAAGACCACAGAGAAGGACAAGCUACUCAACAUGGAGCGCCAUCUCCAAGAAGUUGUUGUUGGCCAGAGGGAGGCUGUCGUUUCCGUCUCCAACGCCAUCCGACUACAGCGCUCCGGUCUGGCCAACCCCAACCAACCGCCCAGCUUCUUGUUCUGCGGUCCUUCUGGUACUGGUAAGACACUUCUUACAAAGGCUCUGGCAGAGUUUUUGUUCGACGAUGCAAAGGCCAUGAUUCGAUUCGACAUGUCCGAGUACCAAGAGCGACACUCCCUUAGCAGGAUGAUUGGUGCACCACCUGGCUACGUCGGACACGAUGCAGGAGGUCAACUUACCGAGGCUCUUCGUCGCAAGCCCUUCUCUAUCCUCCUGUUUGACGAGGUUGAGAAGGCUGCCAAAGAAGUACUCACUGUCCUUCUUCAACUCAUGGACGACGGUCGUAUUACCGACGGCCAAGGCAGAGUCGUUGAUGCAAAGAACUGCAUCGUCGUUAUGACAUCCAACUUGGGUGCUGAACACUUGUCUCGACCAAACGCACCCGACGGCAAGAUUGACCCCACCACCAAGGAGAUGGUCAUGGGUGCGUUGCGCAACUGGUUCCUCCCUGAGUUCCUGAACCGUAUUUCUUCCAUUGUCAUCUUCAACCGUCUUACCAAGCGCGAAAUCCGGAAGAUUGUCGAUGUGAGGUUGGGCGAGAUCCAGAAGCGACUCAACCAGAACGGCCGCAAUGUACGCAUCGAGAUGACGCCAGAGGUACGAGAUUACCUUGGCUCGGCAGGUUACUCACCAGCCUAUGGUGCCAGACCACUUGCACGGCUCAUCGAGAAGGAGGUCCUUAACCGUCUUGCUGUGCUCAUCCUUCGCGGUUCUAUCAAAGAGGGUGAGACAGCUAGGGUUGUGCUGGAUGACGGACACAUCUUGGUACUACCCAACCAUACCGACAGCGAGGACGACUCGGAAAUGUACGAUGAGUCCGAUGCUGUGGCCGAACUGGAUGACGCUGAUGGAGACAUGGAUCUUUACGACUAG